AUUCGGCUCACCAUGUCAGACCCAAUCAACUACAAUACAUUAAUGUCAAUCGAAGUCGGUGAAAUAGACGGUGACGACCUGUUGUUGUUGUUGUUGUUGCUGUAUCAAACCUUUCCCCCAAUGCUUGCUUGAAGCCAACGGUAACGGCCACGGUGAUAGUCAACGGCAGCCAAUAAACAAUUCAGAAAUGGCGGAAAUACCUAUCGUCGUAGGCGUGGGGGAUGUCGUCAAUCGAUCAACUUCAACCGAGGCAGCACUGGAACCAUUACAGCUCAUACUCGAAUCCAUCACAAAGGCUCUAGAAGACACAGACUUGGUCGAGGGGAAGCAGAAAUCCCUACAGAAUGCCAUCGACAGUAUUGAUGUCGUGAGAACGUGGACUUGGCCCUACGAUGAUUUGCCCGGUGACAUCGCCAAUAAUCUGGGGGUGAAGCCACGACACAAGUUCUACUCAGAGCAUGGCGGUAAUAAGCCUGCCAAACUCUUCGAUGAAGCAGCCAGGAGGAUAUCAAAAGGCCAGACCAAAGUCGCCAUAGUGACAGGCGGUGAGGCUUUGGCGUCAUUGACGGCAUGCGCUGCGGCAAAGCAGAUGCCACCUCCGGGAUGGACGAAGACAAAGGAGAGCGUGACUUCGGUCUUCAAAGCCACUGGGAGAGACCGUGGCAUACUAGACCUUGGCCAGGCCCAAGGUAUAACGGACCCAAUCCAGAUUUAUCCCUUGUACGAAAACGGUUUCCGAGCACACCGACAACAAUCGCUGCGAGACAACCACGAGGAGUCAGCGACACUGUACGCCGACUUUGCCAAAGUAGCGGAGAAGCAACCGUACGCUUGGAACUAUGGCAAGCCGGCAAAAUCAAAAGAGGAGAUUGGGACCGUCACCAAGCGAAACAGAAUGAUUUGUCUGCCCUACCCUCUUCUUAUGAAUGCUUUCAACACUAUCAAUCUUGCAGGAGCGUGUAUAUUGACUUCGACAUCCUAUGCGGAAGAGUUGGGCAUACCAAAGACGAAAUGGAUCUAUGCUCUCGGUGGCGCUGGAACGCAGGAUGCGGGCAAUUUCUGGGAACGUCCCAACUACUACUCAAGUCCAGCUAUUGAGCGGUCUCUCGAUGCUGGGCUCAAGGUAUCUGGUCUGGACAAAAGCGAAAUUGACUUGUAUGAUUUUUACUCAUGUUUCCCGAUCGUGCCCAAACUUGCCGCUGCUCAUUUGAAGCUGCCCAUCACCGGGGGAGCUCAAGCUCUGACUCUUCUUGGUGGGCUUACGAGUUUCGGCGGUGCCGGUAACAAUUAUUCGUUGCAUGCCAUCACCGAGAUGACCCGACAACUACGACAGGGCAAAGGUCGAAAUGGACUGAUCCUCGCCAACGGUGGCUGGGUCACAUAUCAACAUGUAUUGUGUCUCUCUACGAUGCGACGACGUGGGGGCACCGCCUAUCCUGACCGUGCACCACUUCCCGAACACGUCACAGACGUUCCUAUUCCGCAGGUUGAUAUCAAAGUGGAGGGAGAGCAGGAGGCUGUGAUUGAGACAUAUACCGUAGAAUUCAAUCGCGACAACACACCGAGAGAAGCAUAUAUCGUUGGCCGACUGAUAAACGGCCAUAGGGUGGUGGCGAAUCAAGGCGACAAGGAGACUUUGAUGCAACUAUCAUCGACCACCACCGAGCAGAUCGGACGUACAGGACGUGUCUACAAUGACGGCAAGCGGAAUAGAUUUGUGCUGAAGAACGUGAUGAUGGGCAAGCUGUGAGAAAUUGCCGUUUGCUCGAUGGAGAUGCCGAACCGUACAUAACUGUGCGCCAUUUUCGGUCUGUCUUCUGUAUCCCGAGAAGGGGCCAGUCAGAUAGGUAAAUAGCCAGCAGUGUCAAGGA